UCACUAUCUUUGUUAUUGUACUCUCUCUCUUUUCUCUCUCUUCUCUCACAUACACACACUCGCAUCCCCCAUGGUUGUGGUCCUCCUUACCUCUUUAUAUCUCUCUUAUCACUUUCUCCAAUUCUUCAUAUCUUAUAUCUAACACUACUCUCUACUCUUUCUUUCUUUCUUCUUCUUCUUCUUCUUCUUCUUGCCUUUUCCAAACCAUAACCAUUUUUCUACACCAUAUAUACUUAUUUUUCCUUCUGCAUUUCCAUAUCUUGGGGGUAUUAUUUUGGAACUUACUGAAUAUUUUAGAACAAUUCUUGGUUUUUGGUCAUUAGGGUGUUAUUAUUACUUUAAAUCCCCCACAAGAUGUCUAGCAGAAGGUCGAGACAGUCAACAGCAGGUGUUUCGAGGAUUUCAGAUGAUCAAAUCAUUGAACUUGUCUCAAAGUUACGACAGCUUCUGCCUGAGAUUCGUGAUAGGCGAUCUGAUAAGGUAUCAGCAUCCAAGGUCUUACAAGAGACUUGCAAUUACAUUAGAAGCUUGCAUAGGGAGGUGGACGACCUAAGUGAACGGCUCUCACAGUUGUUGGCCACCAUUGAUGCUGAUAGUGCCGAGGCUGCUAUUAUUAGGAGUUUAAUUAUGUAAUAAUAUUUAUUAUAAACCAAUGUUUUUUAUUAUUACUAGGUUUAUAUAUAUAUAUGAUAUUAUAUAUUUGUAUUUAUAUAUAGUUUAAGAUGCUUCCUCCAUGUGGAAGGGUUUGCAAUCUAAUUACCUAAUUUGUAUAAUAAAAGGACUUUGCACUAGCAAAGCCUUUAAUUUUAAUGGCAAUAUACUAUUACUUUUUCUUGGCAUAAGACAA